AUGGAGCUCAUGGAGGAAGGGGUGAGCGCCGCCGCGUACGGGGCGAGUCUUCUCGCUUCAUCCCCGGCCCCGAGAUGGCGGAGCGCGAGCGGAAGGCGGCCCCGGCAGGCGGCGAGCGGCCCCGGCAGUGAGGAGCCCCCACCUGUGUUGCCAUCCCCCAUACGUGGACCCAGCUGCGAGAGGCCGGAGUGCUACCAGGCAGAGCCGUCAGGCCUGCUGGAGUGUUACCAGUGCCGCUACCUGUGCACAGCCAGAGCUUGCUGCCAGCUGGUGGAAGUUCUGCUGACCAUGCUGAUCCUGAUCUGCAGCUCUGUGUCCUACAGUUCGACAGGCGGUUACACCGGCAUUCCCAGCUUGGGGGGCAUUUACUACUAUCAAUAUGGAGGGGCUUACAGUGGCUUUGAUGGGGCAGAGGGGGAAAAAGCCCAGCAACUUGACACCCAGUUCUACCAAUUAAAGCUGCCGACAGCAAGGGCUGCAAUGGCUGUGGGAGGGGCCCUGAUGGCCUUCUCUUGCCUUCUGGUUUUGGUUGGUGUGCUGCGGCUGCCAUGGCAUUUCCCAGUCUGGCUGCUGCUUGAAUGCACUCUGGACAUAUUGAUUGCACUUGGCUUCCUGCCUGCUCUCUACUUCUACUUCCACCAUCUGUUGGAUGCCUACGAUUCUCCAGUGUGCAAAGAGAGAGAGCAUCUCUAUGAAAGCAAAGGCUACCAAGGCUUCAGCUGCAGUGUGCAUGGGGCAGAGAUAGCAGCUGGGCUCUUUAGCUGCAUUGCCAUUAUGGCGUUCUUGGUCAGUGCUGGCCUUGCUGUCAGGGGAUACAAAACAGUUCAUCAGCUGAGAGAGAAGUCAGUGCAGGUGUAUGAGUUUUAGGGUGGCUUGUGCAUACCCAAGCUGUCCUACCAGCUCAUCUCUCUGUGGCUGCCAGCCUGGACACCAAGAAGGGGCAGCACCAUUUUCCCUAGCUCAGGAUAUUGCAUCUGCACUGCUACAAUAAGAACGCAGGACCGUGACCACAACAAGCAGCCCUACCAUGAGAGAACAGCUCCAGCUAGAGCCAAGCCAAGCUGCUCUUAGCCAGCCCUCGCAUUUAAAUCUUGUGAAUGUGAGCAGAACAGAUGCAUUCUUAGUUCCACAUCUGCUCCAUGGCUCUGCCU